AUGUUACCACUCCAACGGAAUCACAUUCUCUUUGCAACAUUACUGGUAUUCAUAUUCAUCACGUUAUACCACCUUCUGCCUCAGACGCAAGAGACGACUCUGCAUUCGACCACCCAUAACGAAAAUGAGGCAGCAGCGAAACGACUCAAGAACCCCGAACUACAUGUUCUUCUUCCCACCACCAUUGGCGAUGUCAACCUCUGCAAGACGAUGCUCAGUGCUAAGGCCAUGGGCUAUCCCGAACCCGUGAUCCUUGGAUGGGGAGACACGUUUGAUACGUGGUACUUGCUUGCUGGCGGCUCGCAUCUCGCGAAGAUCUCGAGAGUUCUCGAAUAUCUGGAAAGCAUGAGUCCUGAGCAAGAAGAUGAUCUGGUUCUUAUGAUGGACGCAUUUGACAUCUGGUUCCAACUNCCUCCCGAAACUCUGAUCGAGAGAUACUAUUCAAUCAACGAGAAAGCGGAUAAGAGAAUCUCGGAGCGCAUGGGCAAGGCCGCCGAGGUUGAAAACAUCAAGCAGACUAUCAUAUUUGGCGCUGGCAAACGCUGUGCACCCAACCAGCUACACAGUAUCGCAUGUUAUCCAGUUCCAGCUUCGCCAGUACCAGACGAUAUCUACGGCGCCAACACGGACACAAUCAUGGGUCACAACCCACACACAAGUCAUCGCCAACGCUACCUCAAUUCUGGAUAUAUUAUUGGUCCUGUCAAAGACAUGAGAGAAAUGUUCAGAACCGCCUGGGACAUUGUACAAAACUGGCCCACCCCGAGUCCCGACGACAAUGGAAGUGGUAGCAUGGACUUGGUGUACCAUGCAAGUGAUCAGUCUGUCUUUGCAAUCGUUUUUGGACAGCAGGAGUAUCAACGAGAAGUCUUGCGACGACGUCACUCCUCGUCCUGGACUUGGCAACACAAGAAGACAUCUCCUGUCAACAAGAUCGAAGGGACAGUGAUUCAAGACAUCCUCAAUCCUGCCUUUACACACGAGAAGAUGGAGGCUCUUGAAGGCCGUUCAUACGAGUAUGGUAUCGGCCUGGACUAUUUUUCCGACCUAGGUCAUCAGACGGCGAAUUCAGAAAAGGAUUCAAUGUGGAUGCGCUACGAUGAUUCUCCAGAUGUUUUUCUCGACAAGACACGCGGAGACAACCGCAAUGACUUUGACUGCGAAUACCAGGGCGACUACAAAAUUCCCUCAGACAUGAAGAUGUACGACGAAACAACAUUGUUGCCCAACAAACGAAACUGGGAACAUGUCAACCUGUAUACACAUCUCUGCAUGGGUACUAUACCCGUCAUGGCCCACUUCAACUCACCAGGUCAAAAGGCCGCCCGGGAGUAUUACUGGCCACUGUUCUGGGUCCAGCAGUAUGGCAAGUGGAUCGUGGAGAACUCUGAACGUCUUGGACGUGGGCGGAUGGGCGCUACGGCGUGGAAGAAGGACGAACAACCACAGUUCCUUGAUUGGGAUACACUGUGUCCCGCUGAGUACUCGGAAGAGCUUUACAGAGGAAGUGACUUGGCUCUCUCUUGA